CAAAUCUCAUUCUUUGACCAAGCUCAAACUUUUGGGCCAAUCGAAUUCUUUCAUUCUUCUUGUUUAUCUUCCUUCACACCACUCUCCCACCACUGUCAGCUUUCUUACUACGGUCACAUUCCAUCGAUUACCCCAACCAAUCAAGAUGCCAUGGCUACACGAUUGCCAGCUCCACCUAAACUCCCUUGCAGCUGAAAGCUCUGACCUUUACUGCUUCGCUUGCUAUGUUUACUUCUUUUCUUAUUUUCCUCUUAUUUUUCCUAUCUCCGGCUUUUUCUUUAAAUUUGUGCUUCCUACUGAGCUUUUUAUCUGAUCUCUCAUAGAAGGGUUAAGUAUUAUAUUUGCUCAAUCUAUUUUGAGUAUCUAUGGAUGCUACUUGUGUCUGUUUGAAUGCAAAAGCAAAGUGGAAUUCGAUUUCGUUUUGUUACAUUUGGAGUAAGAAAUGUUAACUUUGUUCAUAUUCUGAUUUUUUGCUUUUUUAUGUGUUGUUUAAUUGUUUUGGAGUUGCAGAAUUCUCACCGUAUAUAAGUUCAAAAGUCUGUGUAUAUUGUAUAUUGUAUGGUUUCUUAUUUUAUAAGAAGCCAUGUCAUUUUCAGAGCUGUGGAUUCCGCCGCAGCAUCUCUACAUCCCAAUGAAGUUCUCUGUUCCGUUCUACCUUCAUUUGGGAUUCUCAUAUUUCUAAUAGAGUCGGUAGGUAAGUAAGAUGACUUGGCUUUCUUUGCUGUAAAUUUAAUUUGGAAACACUAAAUAAUUUGAGAAAAGAAGAAACAAUCGAAGAUUUCCAUGGGUUUGAUGAAGAAUGACUAGAAGAAUAGGUGGGAGAAUGGAUUUGAAAGUUAUAAUCUGGUGUGGGAAGCAGGACAUGGAAGGGUGGUGUGGUUAGCAAGAAGAUGAGGAAAAAAAUGAUGUGAUGUGCCUAGUCAGGAUUUAACGUUUGGCGAAUAAAAUGACAAAAAAAAAAGAAAAUCUAAUGGCAGUGACCAAAUUAUAAAAAUUUUAUUUUGAGUGAUCAAAAUGAAAGUGGUUUAAAAGUUGAGUGAUUAAGUAAGGAAUUUACCCCAUGAAUAAUAGAGGUCCCAUAAGUUGAGCCAAAUCCUUUUCUAACGCCAUAGAUGUUCUUUUCAUCAAAUUUUAUACUUCUUUUCAUGCAAGUGGCCUAUUAUAAUACACCCCAAUCUUACCUCAUCAAACCACCAAAUAUCGUACGGUCCACCCAAUUUGCAUCAACAUCCCCCCUUGCACGUUAGCCCUUUUCCACUCUCCCCUGCUAACUUGCACCACUUCGGUUGAUCAAAACCUAGCUUUCUCUCUCUCUUCUUUGCCGCUUUUUCAAAACUAAUGUCAAGAUUUUCAAGCGGCUUCAGGCGGUUCACCAGGUUUUAAUUUUUUUUUCCUUUUCCAAUUUCUUUGAUAGAUAUUUUCAAGCAAAAAGAUUCGAACUUUUUCCCUAAACUUUGGAGUUUUAUGUAGUUUCAAUUGAAGGAAAAGUAGGAAACAAGAGAAACCCAUGUUGGAAACGUGUUAGAACAAUGGAAUCUAGUGAUUUUGAGAGUUGGGUUUUUGUUAAUUUUCAUGCCUUUUACUUUCAAACAUCUACGAGCAAUGUAUGUUGAAGGUUAAUGAUUUGAUUGGUUUACGUUGUUCCUUGUUGUUUAGAAUUUUUGUUGUAAAUGGGAAAUGUGGAAAUACCAAAAUGGCUUAAACGGUUGCCAUUGGCACCUGAAUUUCGGCCAACUGAUACCGAGUUUGCUGACCCUAUUGCAUAUAUAUCAAAGAUUGAGAAAGAAGCUGGUGCUUAUGGCAUAUGUAAGAUUAUCCCACCGUUGCCUAAACCAUCAAAAAAGUAUGUCUUUAACAACUUGAAUAGGUCACUGUCCAAGUCUCCGGAAUUAGGAAGUGAUGUGAAUAUUGGUUCUGUUUCGAAUUUUGGGGAUAGUGGUGGUGAUGAGCGGGAAAGAAGGGCGGUGUUUACGACUAGGCAUCAGGAGUUGGGAUGGAGUGGGAAGAGAAUGAAAGGGGUGGUUAGUAGUCCACAAUGUGGUGCUCAGAAACAAGUGUGGCAAAGUGGGGAGAUAUAUACGUUGGAGCAGUUUGAGUCCAAGUCAAAGACUUUUGCAAAGAGUUUAUUAGGUCUGCUUAAGGAGGUAUCACCGUUGCAUAUUGAGGCGUUGUUUUGGAAGGUGGCUUCGGAGAAGUCUAUAUAUGUGGAAUAUGCUAAUGAUGUCCCUGGAUCAGGUUUCGGGGAACCAGAGGGUCAAUUUCGGUAUUUCCAUAGGAGGAGGAGAAAGAGGAUGUCAUACCGGAGGGAAAACUCUGAUUGCAGGAAAGAUGAGAUUGAUGCUGUAAAUUAUUCACAAAUGGUUGAGAUUAACAAUACUUCUGUUAAAAGUGAUCCAGAUACACGUGUAGAAACACCCAAGUCAUCUACUACAUUGUCAACCAUUGCGUCAGAUGUAAAUUCACACUCUAAAAGAAAGAGUGGAAAUGCUAGUAAUGAUAUGGAAGGUACUGCAGGUUGGAAGCUUUCAAAUAGUCCUUGGAACCUUCAAGUGAUUGCUCGCUCAGCUGGCUCACUUACACGAUUUAUGCCUGAUGAUAUUCCUGGUGUUACUUCCCCCAUGGUUUAUAUUGGCAUGUUGUUUAGCUGGUUUGCAUGGCAUGUUGAAGACCAUGAGCUUCAUAGCAUGAAUUUUCUUCAUACUGGUUCUUCAAAGACUUGGUAUGCUGUUCCUGGAGAUCAUGCCUUUGCUUUUGAGGAAGUUAUCCGCGCCGAGGCUUAUGGUGGAAACAUCGACCGCUUAGCUGCUCUGUCAUUAUUGGGUGAGAAGACAACUCUUCUAUCACCUGAGUUGAUUGUCGCAUCUGGCAUUCCUUGUUGCAGGUUAAUACAGAAUCCUGGUGAAUUUGUUGUGACUUUUCCGAGAGCCUACCAUGUAGGAUUCAGCCAUGGUUUUAACUGCGGGGAAGCUGCAAACUUUGGAACUCCACAGUGGCUUCAAGUUGCUAAAGAAGCUGCUGUUCGUAGGGCAGCUAUGAACUAUCUUCCAAUGCUUUCUCAUCAGCAGCUGUUAUACCUUUUGACAAUGUCGUUCAUGUCAAGGGUACCAAGAUCCUUGCUACCUGGUGCUCGCAGUUCUCGUUUGAGAGACCGCUUGAAGGAAGAACGAGAGGUGUUAGUAAAGAAGGCUUUUGUAGAAGACUUGUUGACCGAAAAUAAAUUGUUAUCUCUUCUUCUUAAGAAAGGAUCAACUUAUCGUGCAAUAAUGUGGGACCCUUUGUUACUUCCUUAUACAAGCAGAGAUUCUGAAUUGCCCAGCAGAACUGCUACAGAUUCUACAAUAAUGCAAGAAAAUGUUUCUGAUAUUAAUGGUGAAGAUAAAUCUGAUCAAAAGAAUCUUUUAGAUGAGAUGUGCUUCUACAUGGAAAAUCUGAACUAUUUAUAUUCGAAUGAUGAUGAUUUGACUUGCGAUUUUCAAGUUGAUUCGGGGACAUUGGUUUGUGUUGCUUGUGGAAUUCUGGGUUAUCCAUUUAUGUCCGUGGUACAACCAUCCAAGGGAGCAGCAGUGGAAUUUCUACCUGUGGAUCAUCUUUCUAGUCAAGGUUCAACAGUCUUGGUACCUAAGAAUGCCCAUUCUUGCCCUGUUGAGGGCUCAGUUUCAGACAAUCUCAAUCAUGUUCCGGAUCUAUCUCUUCCUUUCAAGCAUUCGGCAUUACCAUCAAUAACCAAGUUUUCCGAUGGAUGGGACACCUCUAAUAAAUAUCUGAGACCUCGGAUUUUCUGCCUGGAGCAUGCUGUUCAAGUUGAGGAGCUUUUGCGGUCCAAAGGUGGAGCAAAAAUGCUGAUAAUUUGCCAUUCAGAUUAUCAGAAGAUAAAGGCAAAUGCAAUACCUGUUGCGGACGAUAUUGGUAUCCCUUUUAAUUACAAUGAUGUUCCACUAGAUGCUGCAUCAGAGGAGGAUCUAAAUUUGAUCAAUUUUACAAUUGAUGAUGAACAUGAUGAAAUUCAGGAAGACUGGACCUCCAAACUUGGUGUUAACUUGCGAUACUGUGUCAAAGUCCGAAAGAACUCUUCGUUUAAGCAAGUUCAGCAUGCACUACCAUUGAGUGGUCUUUUCACCGAUAAAUAUAGCAGUUUGGAGUUAUUUAACAUCAAAUGGAAGUCGAGAAAAUCUCGUUCAAAAGGCAAGUUAAACCACCCAUCACCUUCUAAACCAUGUGAAAGCGUUGAAAUGAAAGUAGAUGAAAUAAUGGUGGAAAAACUUGAUAGCGACAUUUCUAAAUAUGGGCAGAAAAUUAUUCAGUAUUCGAGAAGGAAAAAAAGAAAAUCAGAUUAUUCAACUGGAGGUGGUGGGGGUGUUGAACUGUUGAAGAAUGACUUGCCAAGAGAAGAUUCGGCUGCAUCAAGUCAACUUCUUGAUAAACAUGGAGGAAAUAAAUCCAAGAUCAAUGCCAGAAGUGAGUCAAUUCAGGCACAGCUUGAGGUCCCAACUACCUCAGUUGUACAAAGGGACCAGAACAAAAUUGUGGAGGAAUCGGGUCCAGAUGAUGAAGCUCAGAGUUUGAUAGCCUGUGCUAGUUCUAUAAAGAAAUGUGAGAACAAGCUUAUGGAAAGGAACAGUGAGAAUGAUGAGAGUUCUCCUGCUGAAAAGUGUUCUAAAUUCUGUCUUGUUGCGGAUGAUGAAGUGUAUUUGGAAAAUACUGCAACUGCUACCAAGGUUUGCAACCCAGUUUCUGAACAACAGAGUGAUGAACCAACUUCCGGGUAUGGUUUGAUAAAUGGUAACUCAGCAAGUUCACACUCUGCUCAGCGAUGUGCUGGAAGAUACAAUCAAGGAUUGGAGGACAUAACUGUUCCAAAAUUUUCUAUAAACGGAGGGGCUUUUUCAGGUAUGACGUCUGAGAAUGAAGUGCAGCAAGGAACUGAAGCUACCAGCAGAAAUAACUCCGAGGUGAUUAUAAGAUCUGAAGUUCUAAAGGAGCCCUUUGCUGCAGCAGAUUCAUGUGACGGUACAGUUUCCCAGAAUAAAGCACAGAAGCAGGAAAUCCGGAUUAAUGCAAGGAAGGAAGUACUAUCUGGUUCUUUCACGUCAGCAGGCAUUGAUCAUCAGUCUACUGAUCUCUCUGUCGAAGAAUAUUCCACAAUUUCCAAGAAUCCUGGUGCCGAAGAGGACUGUCAUACCGAUGUGACUUUAGAUGUUGAAGUGUUCCAAGAGAUCCAAGCUACAAAAGGAACCGGUGGGGAUGAAGUUAUAACUUGUUCCGAUUUGCCAAUGCAAGAAAAGCAGCCUACUCCUGUUAUGAUGGAAGCUUGCUCCGAGAUUCAGCAGGAUAGCAGUUCUUCGAAGAAGCCAUGUGUUGGUGCAACUGCAGAUGCUGACAGCCAUGAAAAUGACCCGAAUAGAUAUGAAAAGAAUGAAGAAUCUGCUUCUUGCUGUCGUACACCUAUAAAUCAGACAACUAUCCCAAUCCAAAAGUACUCAAGAGCUCAUAGAGACACUUAUGCUACUGUGAAUGUAAAUGAUGGCACGGGUGUUUGUUCUUCUGUAGAGAAUGGAGAUCUCGAGUCUGCUAUGGUAAAUUGUAAAUCAAAUGCCAUGGGACGAAAGAGGAAGAGAGAACUGGAGGAAACAUGUCAAAAGGUUGGCAGUGAUGGCUUUAUUAGAAGUCCAUGUGAAGGGUUGAGGCCAAGGGCUCGGAAAGAUGCAACCAGCAGUUUUGAUGCAGACAAAGCAUCCUCAGAGGGGCUGCAGACAAAAGAGACGAGGAAACCUUCAACUCAUGCCCAUAGGAAGAUAAUAAUAAAAAAAGGGUCUCAUGGAUGUGACCUGGAAGGCUGCCAUAUGAGUUUCAAGACAAAGGAAGAGUUGAGGUUGCACAAACGCAAUCGGUGUCCGUACGAAGGCUGUGGAAAGAAGUUCCGUUCCCACAAAUAUGCAGUCCUUCAUCAACGAGUCCACGAUGAUGAUAGGCCCCUCAAGUGCCCAUGGAAAGGUUGUUCCAUGUCAUUCAAGUGGGCAUGGGCUAGGACUGAGCAUAUACGGGUGCACACCGGAGAACGCCCGUAUAAGUGCAAGGUUGAAGGCUGUAGCCUUUCUUUCAGGUUUGUGUCUGAUUUUAGUCGGCAUAGACGAAAAACCGGGCAUUACAUUGACUCUUCAGCCUAGAAGUUUGUCAUUAUAGUUAGGUUUUAUCUGUCACGCACAAGGUUAUCAGUUCCGGGGCCGUAACAGGUCUACCGGAAUCAUGUACAAACUCGAAAAUUCUGAUUAGGCAUAGUUUAGGCAGAAAACUGAUCCCUUUUGUAGAUUGGCAUUCUCCAAUCAUUUGAAUGCUGUUAAAAGAGUGGAAAAUCUUCUUAGCUUCUGUUUUCUGUGGAUUGUGCUACUAUGGCAAUCCCUUUGUGUAGAAAUUACUCUUUUAUGUUGUUUCAAUUCUUUAAUUUUCUUGAAGCACUCGCAAUUUAUGUCAAAAACACAUUAAAAUAAUAAAUUCAAAAAGAAAAAUAUUGAUUGUCGAUAAAAAAUUUAAUUAUUUUAAGCAUUAUAUUUCAUUUCAAAACCAUUCAAUAAAAAGAGAAGUUCAAAAAAUUGGAUAAAAAGUCUGCAAGAGUAAUCAGAAUCCUCUUUGAUAGCGAAAAGUAACAGUACAUCCAAACAAUAAAAACCCAUAGAAAUUCAACAUUCCACCUUCAAACAACCAAAUACAAAUAUAAACUGAAGAAGCGAAUCUUUCAGUCUUUGGCUGAGAAUCCGACUAAAAUAAACACUGAAAAAUCCUUUUUAUUUCCUCAUCAGUAAGUUCACACAAAACAGCUAAACAUUGGCAUUUUGAUAAGCUUGAAGAGCAUCACCCGUAAGCCUGCAAAUCCUCCAUUCAGGCAAAACUGUAGCACCCAUUUGUUCGUAAAACGUAAUGGCAUUUACAUUCCAAUCCAAAACCACCCAUUCAACUCUCCCGUACCCCAUUUUCACCGCCUGCUUCGCCACCGCCGACAGCAACAUUUUCCCAAACCCUUUCCUCCGGUAGCAUU